AUGGUGGCUUCUUCACCUAAUGAAAAUCUUGCUCAAAAGCACAGUAUAGGUAUGUAUAUUUGUAUUUGUUUUAGGUCAAUCUUGUUAGCUUCGUAUAUUUAUAUUCACAGCAUUUAUUUUGGUCGGAUUUUAAAGGUGUUAACGACUCUAUUGUGGAAAAAAAAGUCUGAAAAAUAUACACAGUCCGUCGAACGGCGACACUCUCCUCCAACAAAUGUUAUUGAGCCACUAAUCAAUGAUAAUAACUCUUCUAAAGUAUCAAUUGGUCGAAGUUUUACUACAUCUAUCCCGCAUUCUCCUACGAAACGAAGGCCAAUUAGCACUGGCGCAUUGGCUGAUGAACAAAAUGAUAAACCACCUCAGCGAUCUGCAACAACUGCAGGGAAACCCAAAAGGUCAUUGCUGAUUACUUCUGAGAAUGAUUCUCAAGAAGAAGCUUCUGGACGAAAUCGUAAGAGUGGAAUGAUCAAACGUCGCAACACUUAUAGCUCUGAGAGUCAGAGUGUGGAAAUUGUGUUAGACAAGGAAACUCAAAAAUGGGCCGAGAAUGUCAAACGACGACUAUCAAAAAGAAGAACUCGUGAAAAGGGCAAAGGUGACGAUGAAGAAGGUCCAAUGAUUGGAACAAGAAUAAGUGAAGGUCAUGUCAAUUACGUUUUAAUGUAUAACAUGCUAACAGGAAUAAGAGUUGGUGUUUCACGUUGUAAUGCCAAACUUGAAAGGGAAUUAACUGAUAUUGAUUUCAAAGCUGCUCAUAAAUUAGCUUUUGAUAUAACGGGUAACGAACUCACUCCAUCCGCAAAAUAUGAUUUCAAAUUCAAAGAUUAUGCACCUUGGGUCUUUCGUCGUCUUCGUGAAUUUUUUCACAUUGACGCUGCAGAUUAUUUGGUUUCUUUAACGAGCAAAUAUAUUUUGUCAGAGCUGAAUUCUCCUGGCAAAAGUGGAAGCUUCUUUUAUUAUUCUAGGGAUUAUCGUUUCAUCAUUAAAACGAUACAUCACACUGAACACAAGUUCUUACGUAAAAUUUUGAAACAAUAUUAUGAG